CACAUCCCAUCCCCUCCCCUCCCCUUGCACCUUCUCCUUUCACCUGAUGUACACAGACAGGCAUGAUUAUGAGCGACGUACUGUACGUGCCAGUAGUUGUUGGCAUCUGGGCUCUGUGACUCGUGAGCUUCUCACACAUGCAGCCAGAAACGAGGUCAGGCAGCGAGGCCUGACCUCGUAGUGGGAAGAGUAGGAGUAGGAUCAGCAGCAGGUAUUGAUCUGGUGCCAAGCUCACCCGUGCCUAGACUGGAAUACACGACGUACUCGGCUAUCAGAAGCCUCAUUCUGUACGCCAUUCAUUUUGAUGUACUCUCGUAUCCUACCGUCACAUCACAUGGAAGGCAUCUGAGAGAGUGAAUGAAUGAAACGAAUGGCUCUUUAAGACUGCAGGGACGACAGAAAGUUGGCUAUGGGAAUGAAAUAUGGUCCUCAGUUGCCAGCGGGGGAGGAGUACAGAAUUAGUGAUGUCGUUUCUUGCCGUAACAGGACUCAUUUAAUUGUUACUUGGAGUCACCUCUGCAGAGCGGGGCCAGCAGCAGCAGCAUGAUGAGGGAACGAGAGCAGCUUUUCGUCUGGCUUACAAUGUGUUAGAAACCACUGCAGGUGCUUGUCUAUUGGAAACGAAGCACCAUGAAUUGCUCCACCGCCACCUCAAUUGUAGGAGUAGCACCAGCUCCCACAGCAUGGCACGCGUGGAGCUAAGUGCUCUAAUUUAAUGCAGUCAUAAACCCCGCUCUUCUCCACAGUGAAUGGGAAUGUAGACUCCCAUGUCUCGUGUUUUCCGUGAGGACGAAUCUCAAAAAUUUCCUCAAGCAGCAGCAGCACAGCACCCCUUCGAGGCUGGAAAUCAGUCUCAAACAGUGCACUGCGAUUCUUUUGGUAAUAAUUGGAAUUAUCCUGUCACCGCUUACGGUCAGUCAUGAAUGAGCUUCAGAUAAGCACGGUGAGAGUGCUAGCUUGUCUUCUGGAGCUCAGCACGAGCUGUUGCAGUUUGGUGUGCCCUUUGCCAGAGCCCCUUGUGCACCAGCCCCCAGUGUGGAGGUGUGGAGGUGUGGAGGGAGGAUGGUCCACUGAAACGAUACGGAUUGGGUUAGUGGGGAAGUUCUGAAGAGUCCCCGGAUUGAGAUUAGAGUUUCACAUUAAUACCGAAAAGGACGGUGCACAUCUGUCCUUUGAGGUUUUCGGUGCAUGCUUUGAAGUGUGUCUGGUGAAGAGACUCAUUGCAGUCGUGCAGAAAUAUCAUGACUUUGUCUCUCUCUUCGUACCCAAAAUUCUCGAAAUCUUCCAUUAUAUCCUUCGCUAGUAUAUCAGAGGUGUCUAAUGUAUCUACUUUCCGUCAGCUUUUUAAUCAAGCCUCACUCUGUCCUCGUCCGUCUGCUGCGCACCUGUUCCUCUAACGUUCUUCUUUGAUUUGUGCAUUUUCCAUCGACCAGUACACGUUCAAUGUAUUGAAGGUUCUUUCAGUUUUAAAGGUCCCUCUUCAUUAUUCUUCUCCACAGCCCCUCUGCUGCGAUAGUGAUCUUUUGAGGAAGGAUUCAAGAACACGAUACUUCUGGAUAUGGGCGUCAGUACGAAGUUUUGAUGAUCGAGCUUUAUUUGCAAGUCUUUUCGAAAUAACUUCAUACGUGUGGUCUGUCAAUCCUGUCAUGCUUUCUACGAGGAUGGAGUGCAUCGGCAAAGACAUGUGAAACCUGUGUAUCAUCUCUACAGGUGAACUCGAUCAUUUCAAGCGAUACGCCUCCCUCCUGUAAUCAUACACUGCGGCUGCCGUACACCACAGUAAUAAAAUGGAGGGCUCAUGUGUAUAUCAUCUGUAUCCUUCAAAAUCCUCGCUGGGCCUUUUUCGGUGUAGCCUUCUGCUUGUAACAGUUCAUACACUCGCGUUACAGAUUCGUACACUUACGAGGAUCCUAAGAACGUUUCGCCUGGAAGCAGUGCUGUUACUGGCUACAUACAAACCAGGAGUCGAUUGCCGUCACUUGGGAAUCGUUCGGACAAUCUCUGUUUGUGAUAAUAUUGCUACAAUAACAUAUUCCAGGUUUGCAGAUGGUUUCCAGGUACCAUGCAAUUAGUGCCCUUUCCACUUUCUUCCGGAAGUGAGGUUUCGUCCACUUUGAAGUGAACGUCUUUUGUUAUUCCCACCUACCAACCGACUUUGAACUUCCCAAC